AUGUAUUUCGAGACCAUCAACAAGCAAUGGGGGGAGGAUCACCGCCUCAAGGGGUCCUCCAUGCAGGAUGAGCCGGCAUUCUAUCGGAACCUCGAGCAGGCCCUAGAUGUCCGUCGCCAGGCGCAAUACUUCCUUAAUCUCAAGCCUCAAUGGGGCAAAGAGGUCGUUGACUUGACGACGUCCGACUUCCUCGCCGUCAACCACUCUGGAAAGGUGCGUCAGCGUUUUCUGGACGAGCUGGCGCAGCACCCAGACUUUCGUCUGGGCGCCAAUGGCUCCCGCCUGCAGUACGGCAACACGCCCUACAUCAACCAGGUCGAGAAGGAAAUUGCCGACUUCCAUGGCGCUGAGACGGCUUUUAUCGUGGCCUCUGCCUAUGCCGCGAACCUGGGCGUUCUUUCCAGCGUGCCGCUCGCCGGGGACGCGCUUGUGUACGAUGAGCUCGUGCAUGCAAGCAGUUUCGAGGGGUUCAAACUCAGCAUGGCGAUGCAUAGGCUCCCAUUCCCCCACAAUGACCCGGACGGCCUCCGUGAGGUCUUGGUGCGCCUCAAGAAGGACCAUCCCGAGUUUGUGGCCGGCACAAGCUCCAUCCUGAUCUGCGUCGAGUCCAUUUACAGCAUGGAAGGUGAUGUCUGCGAGCUCCGUGAGCUGGUCCAAGUGGCCAAGGAAGAGUUUCCUCUGGGAAAUGCACAAUUCGUCAUGGACGAGGCUCACAGUAUCGGGGUGGUUGGUGACAAGGGGCGUGGGCUGGUGUCAUACCUGGGCAUGGAAGAUGACAUCGCGAUCCGAGUCCAUUCUGUGAGCAAGGCGUUGGGGUCAACUGGCGGAGUCAUCAUGUGCAAGAAGACUGUCCGGUCCAUGAUGCUGAAUAAUGCACGGUCUCUCACAUUCACGUGUGCACCGUCAUUUCCGACUGUUUGCUCCGUUCGGGCUAGCUACCAGCUAUUGAUCAGUGGAGCAUUGGUAGAGGUAAGAUGGUGUUCCUCUCACGGCUUGUUUGGGGAGUUGAUUUCACUAUUCUUUGGUCGUUUUGGCCUCUCUUAUACGCAGGCCCAGGAGAAACUACAAAGCAACAUCAAGCGGUUCCUUACGGCUUUGACCGAGAACCCUGUAUGGGACGAGGCAGUUGAUGAGGGCAUUCUCUCGAUACACACUCUCGACGACUGGGAACGGCGUCCGUUUCAGACGCAAAUCGUCCCCUUGUUCACACGCGAACGCCACGAAACAUACCUCUUCUUCCAUCUACUAAUGAGAAACUUCAACGCCUACCCCUAUCAGUCCCCCGUCGUUCCGAAAGGCAAGAGCCGGGUGAGGAUAGUCUUGCAUGCCUACAAUACUGAUGAGCAGAUUGAUGAACUGGCUUCAACAAUCUGCGAUUGGGCGCGUGAAGUCCUGAAAAUUGACAGUGGCGAGGCAGAGGCCGGCUUGCCCUCGGCCGCUCGGCAAGCUUAUGCAAUGCAGAGAGCCCUCCAGUCAUAG